AUGGCCGCGGCCGGCGCGGCGCCUGGGCGCCGCGCCGCGGCGGCCGCCGCUGAGCCCGCCGCCGCGUCGGGGAGGCGUGGGCCAUGCGGCCAGCCGCUCAGGGGCCCGGAGCAGCACGCGGCGCCCCUGGAGGCGCCGCCGGUGGAGUGCUCCAACCCGCUGGUCACGCCCUCCAUCCGGAGCCGGCAACGUGCACGCGGUGUACGACGCCAUCGCGGAGCACUGGGACCACACGCGGUACAAGGCCUGGCCGCGCGUGGAGGCCUUCGUCCGCGGGCGCGCGCCCGGGUCGCUCGUGGCGGACCUGGGGUGCGGCAACGGCAAGAACGUGCCGGCGGCCAGGGAGGCCGGAGGGUUCGCCGUCGCGUGCACAUCAGCGCUCCGCUCGUGAGGAUCGCUCGGGACUCCACCGGCGCCGCGUCCUUAGUGGCGGACUGCUUGUGCACGCCAUUCCGGAGCGGGUCCUUCGACGUGGUCCUUUCCAUCGCCGUGCUGCACCACCUCUCGACGGAGCCCCGCCGCGUGCAGGCGCUUCGCGAGGCCGCGAGGCUACUGAGGCCGGGGGGCGAGCUGCUGGUGUAUUGUUGGAGCUACGAGCAGGACAGCGAGAGGUCGCGCUCGCGGCACCGCUUCCCCACCCAGGACGUGCUCGUGCCGUGGAACCGCCGCGCGCCGGGCGCGCGCAAGCCGAAGCCCGCCCGCGGGGCGGGGGCCGAGGCCCCGGAGGCCGCCGCGCCCGCGGCGGCGUGGGAGGCCGCCGCCGAGGUGCACCAGCGGUACUGCCAUGGGGAGGGCGAGCUGCCCGACCUGCUGGCCCAUGUCCCCGAGCUCGAGCUGGUCGAGAGCUACUUCUCGGCGCGACGCCCCCUCGUGGACGCCCCCGACGCCGCGGGCGCGCCGAGCCCUGCCAGGGCCGCGGGCUGCCCUGCGGCGCUGUCGGCCAGGUUCUACGCCGCUCUAUGCGCGGCGCGCCUGGCGAAGCCUGGCGCGCCGCGCGCCCAGGCCCCGCGCCAGGCGCGCCCGUGCCGGCGGGGCCUGGCGCGCCCGCCCUGGCGGUACUCGCAGCGCCAUUCUCAACGAGACAAGCGCGUCUUCGAGAGGGACGACGAGAUCGAGGGCCGGGGAGGUCUCCGCGGUGCUCCGGCCUAUGUCGCGCCCGACCCGUCCCUCUCUCUAUCAGGAUUCUCAGAGGAGAGCGAGUUUCGCCGGGUACUCCGCGGUGCUCCGGCCCAUGUCGCGCCCGACCCGCCCCUCUCUCUAUCAGGAUUCUCA